CUUCGCGGACAACCCAAAACAACUAGACGUCAUAACUAAUAUUUGUUGAUAUCACCUAAAUUUCUCCAGAAAUAAUGGCAGCAGACUCACCCAAGAGGUCAUCGAAGUAUUAUCAGAAUGUCGUUCGACCACAACCGUUCAGUGAUAAGACAGUUAUGGAGAGUGUGGUGGAUUUCAUCUCCGAUGUAGUCCCACAGGCCUACAGUGGACAUCAAAAACAGUUUGAAGACAAAGAAAAAAUCCAAUGGGUUCGCUUUGAGUCAUCUGAUGUAAAUGAUAUAUGUAACAACCCCGACCUGACUGUAGGAGAAAACAAAGGAAUUCCACUGUUGUUAAUACUAGGUUAUAGCAAUGGAGUACAGAUAUGGAACGUUGUACCAAGUGGUGAGGCCCUAGAAGUUCUAUCUUUACGACAAGGACCAAUCAAAGUGGCCCGAGUACUGCCCACACCAGCUCCAGUGAGAGGUGAUACAGACCUGUUUCACACCCAUAGACCUCUCAUGGCUGUCUGUGAUACUUCAAGUGCUGGCCAGCCUUACUGCUCAGUUAAAAUUGUGUCGCUGAAAACUGGAGAUGAGGUCCAUUCCCUGAAAUUCCCCAGCAUUCCAGUCCUCAACAUCGAGUGCAAUAAACGGGUGUUAGUAGUCACUUUCCAAGAGAAGAUUUGCAUAUUUGAUGCAUGUACCUUUAAGCAAAGGUUUUGGGUGACAAGUUGCUUCCCCUGUCCAGGACCUGACCACAAUCCAAUAGCCUUGGGCAUCAGGUGGCUAGCUUACGCAGACAAACGGUUGGUGCCAAUGCAUCAGUCCUGUGGAGGGAUGUCAGGAGAUGGAGCUCAGUCCUAUGCUGCCACAGUAAUCAGUGCAGCUAAGGGUGCGUUUAAGGGCCUGACAAUGUUUGGUGAGGCGAUGGUGAACAGUGUUACAGGCUGUAAACCCCAGCCAGUGAAAAAGUUGGAGCACAGCUGCCAGGAUGUCAAUGGGUUCCACCCAGGAAUAGUUUCUAUCAUAGACCUACAGACCAUUUCUACAGAACAUUUUUGUGUUGGUGAGGAAAAUGAAGGCGAUGGACUCAUAGCACACUUUCAUGCUCAUGCAAAUGAACCAGUGGCCAAAAUGGCAUUUGAUAGUUCCGGGACAUUGCUGCUGACAGCGUGUAAACUAGGCCACAACUUUCACGUGUUCCGUGUAAUGGCACAUCCAUGUAGUUCCUCACUGGGAGCUGUACAUCACCUGUACACGCUGCACAGAGGGGAGACAACUGCAAAGGUAGUAGAUAUAAGCUUCAGUCAGGAUAGUCGCUGGAUCACGAUAUGUACUCACAGAGGGACCACCCACGUAUUUCCCAUCACGCCAUAUGGAGGUGCAGUGUCCAAGAGAACACACUGUUCUUCGCGUGUUGUUAAUAGAGCUAGUCGAUUUCACAAGAGUGCAGGCCUGGACGAGAUGCAGCAGGCAACCGGUCGCAGUAGUCCUGUAUUGUCUGCUAGUCCUAGUAGUUCCUCAGGUCACUUUGAGAGCUACCCGAGUCUGAUGAGACAGAUUGUGAUGAGCAACAACACCGGAAACCCACGUCUACCACCAUACCCUCACCCUACAACACUGUACGCUCUGUCACAGAUAAAGCAGCCCCUCCUACUCACCAAUAGUGUGGCAGGGGCGAAGAACCAGAGCCCCUCCCACUCACCCCUGGGGGCAGACAGUGUAUUGAGUGUGUGCUCCCAUUUCUCCACCCCACGACUGUGGGUCGGGGGUAGCACUAGUGUCACUGUAGACAGACGAGAGGGUAAGCGUGCUACAGACUCCCUGUUUGUGAUGUGUCAGACUGGCACACUGGUGGAGUAUGUAUUGGAGCCCCGACCCAAGGUUGUGGUAGACAAGGGGUCGGAGGAGACGCCCCUUGAGCUUCUAGCCACUGGAUAUAUACAAUGGAACCUUCAAAGACCAAAAACAGCAGAGGAGAUACGACCACCACUGGUAUCCAACAACCCUUUGAUGCAGGCCACAGAGGCUGUGACCACCCAACAACCAACAACUCUGCCAGAUGUGUACACUGGUGACCUUGACCCAGUGACCCGGGCAGAUUCAAAGGACAGUCUAUCAUCAGACCAUGGUACCAAGGAUAUGGAGCUUCAGGAGCAGUGGUUGUCCCAGGUGGAGAUUAUAACACAUGUUGGCCCCCACCGGCGCCUGUGGAUGGGGCCCCAGUUCUCCUUCAAAACCUACCAGAAUGUGCACAACACCACAGUCCUGUCCUCCAACUCUUCUGCUCUCCUCUCACAGAGUCCUGAGGCCAAUGUGUCCGCUAUGGACAUUGUGUCUAAUGAGGUUGACCUGGAAAGUCUAAAGAUACAACCAGCCCGCUCCAGUCCUGUUGCCAUGCCAACAGCUCGACCAGCGUACCGACGCCUGUCAGGCAGUGAUAGCACCCCACCCCCAGGGAAGGGCCCCUAUAGUACAGCACUGCUUAUAGAGGCUGGGAGUUUUGAACUGUCACCAAACCUGUGUGAUGUGUACAGUAGCUGGGCGGAGUCAACAGUUGCCAAGCAACCGAGAGGGAGUGAGGAGGAAGAGGACAGAAUCAAGGAGACGUUAGCGGAGGCCAUGCUGGAAUCACCAGUUAAGGGAGGGGGUCCUUCUAGUAUAAGUAACGAUGUAUUUGUCGGAAGCAAUGACAAUCUGAGCACCAGCUCUGGGUCCAGUACUGGCAUGCCGUUACCGCGAGGCGCUGAACAUGUCUUAGACAACGUGUUCCCUUCAACUAAUGGAUCACUGGACUCCUCUAGCUAGCUGCUUGUUUCUCCAAAACCAUUCUCAAGUGAUGUAAUAACAAGUUUUGUUCCAUGCUCCACUUCCAAUUUAUGUGCCACUGAUUUAAACAUCUUUAAUUAAAUAUGAAUUAAGUAUCAUCCUUCACAAGUGAAAACGAAUUAGAUUUGAAUGUUACAAAAAUCAUUAUGAGUAAAAACUUUAAAAUGUAUGAAAUACUUUCCUACAUGAAACGAAACGUAACUGUAUAGUUGCUAAUUUCCGUUGUUAUGAAAUUUCGCGAAUGGUAUCCAAAUAUUAUUCGCAAUAAUUUGAUUAUUUGUGAAUCUCUGGAAUACCAAACACUUGUACAGUAAGACCUCUGUUGGAUUCAGUUUGUUUCUUUGUCUUAAGAUAGGUUUGUUGGUUUCGAUUUAGUAUCUUUAUAAUAUUCUUAUCGAUUCCGAACAUGGAGACCGAUUCGACAUCGACCUUCUAUGUAUUAUUCAGAAAUAACGUUCAAUAAAUAAGAUUUGUGUUUAUCAUAUUUUCUUUCUUCCGAAAAGUUGCAUUUGUGAAUUAUCAUGCAUUCGCGAAAUUGAAACCUUCGCCGCGGAAAUAAGCAGCUGUACGGGUUUUAAAAAUCUAAGAAACCAUUGCCACAAUUGAAGAUGAUAAAAAAGGAAUGUUUUGUAGAUAGAAUGUUUCGACUGAUUUUUCGUACCUUAUAGAAGGAACUUGAUGAUUUUGGAGAUAACGAUUAUUUGAUCUUUCUUUCCCUGCCAUAAUAAGUUUUUAAAUCGUUUAUUCUAAUGUGUUCAAAGAUUAGUUCUAAUUUAGAAAAGAUACCUUAAAUUUAUUCCGAUAUUUUACGAUAAUAACUUAACUAUACAUCUGUCGUUUAUUUUGUUGUGUGAUUAUUGUAGAGUUACACUUUAUGUAUAUAUUGUACAUACAUUAUAUUUAUCUUUCAUGUCAGUAUCAUUGUAAGGUAUAUAAGCAAAUACGUGUUAACUGUUUUGCUCUGUUUUAGAUCAUUCUCAAAAACGUUUACUCCAUUUAUAGACAGGUAACACAUUUUCAUACAUGAAACACGUAUGUGUAUGACUCAUUGAGCAGCAAAGCAACCGAGGCUUGAUUGAUAUAAAUUUAUCUUUUUUCACGCUUAUACAAAAUCAACCAUUGAUUCAAAUUGGAAAACUUGUAACAUCCACUGAUGGCCUUUGAUAUAUAAACAUGAGCCCGUAUUGUAAUCGAACUGAAGAGGGCAGUAGGCUGACGAGAUUUAUUUAUGAUAGAAUUGUAUCGUGUAUAUCAUAAGGGGGAUUUUUGCAUCAUCGUUUUUCGUUGUUGGACAAUUCAAUGUUCGUGGUGUAUCCGUGUCGAAGUUCUGUGGCAUUACCCUAUCGUCCUGCGUGCCUUUGUGUAAAUUCAUGGUCAUAGCAUGUUAUUAAAUAGAUGCACUCGUUACACCAAUGUUAGUAAAAUAUUCUGUAAAUUGAUCAAACCUAAUUAUAUUGUUUUCAGAGUACCACAUCACAAUUCUCCGUCAGAAACAAUAUGCAUUUUUUUAAUUCCUCGUAAUUUUGUGAUGCAAAAGACACUCUUUCUUAGCAGUCAACCAAGCUAACGUGUUCAGCACACAUUUGUUACAAAGACUGUCAGAUAUUUAAGAUUGUAUUUUUGAUUUUCGUGGUAACGCUACUUAAAUAAUUUGCAUAUGUUUUAAUUAGGUUCACCACAUUAUUUUUUAUCAUUAUUCCCUAUUGCAACGACAAUAUCAUGAUGUUUAGAAAAUUGACAAACCUAACUAACAUAUUUGUGAUAAUGACUUUUGCAUGCUUCUUCUUAACUAUGACUGUUCAGUUCUGUAGAAUGUAUUUGUAAAUACUCUUUAUCAUGGCAUUCUGAAAUCAAAUUCUAUAUACAAAGUUGUAAACAUAAUAUAUAUUUAAAACAAGGGGUUCAGUGAUAAAACAAGUACAUAUUUAAAAUAUUUAAAAUUCACAGAAGAAUAAACUUGCAUAUACGUAAUUAGAAAACAAAGUUUCAUUUAGGUUUAUAUACGUCAUUUUGUUAAUUACUAAAUAGGUGUCUAUGAUGUACACUCACGAUGGAAAACAAUCAUUGACUCAUCUUUGUCCUACAGGAGAGGAAUUGCUGCUUACUCAGUGUGACUCCUCAUACGGAAAGUCACGUGGGGCCAUUCCAGUCACUUUACCCGUCUGUUUGGUACAUCUUACACCUACUGUGGACUGGCAUUUAAAUGAUUCAAUGAAAUUAUGUAAAGAAAUUAUGUACAUAAGGAUUAUAUAUAUAUUUGUGAUUAUAUCUUUAUAUGAAGUAGGAAUCAACAAUAUAAACUACGUUUGUACAUUUUGAUAUAUGUGUUUGUGCUCAGGUUAUAUAAUGUCCGAUCUCUUAAAUAGCUAAUAUGAAAUACUUUGUUAAUGUUUUAUUAAUUCUCUCUUGAUGUUUUAUAGAUUUAAAUGGUGAUGAUAGCAGGAAAACGAUUGACAUGGUGUGUACAAUAUCUGGUUUGCCUGAUAUGGUUGGAAAGUGACGGUUCGUGGUCCUAAUUGUAUAUUUCGCUUACUGUAUUUUAGUUAUAUAUUUUAAUAAACAUGAGUUAACUAGAAUUAGUGAUAAUUUACAGGAUUCCGUUAUUUUCUAUUUUUAAGUAGUUUCUGUACAAAGUUCAGAAUCAAAGCAUUUUAUUCAAACAAAAUCCAUUCAAAAAAUCAGACUCAUUUUUAAGUAAAUAAAAUACCGUAAAUAGAAUAAAUAGAUUAACAACAUUAAGGUAUAUUUUAGAUAGUUAUUGAUAGACAAAACGGUUGACAACACAGGCAAAUGCUUCACGAGGACAAUUAUCAUUGCAAAAAUAAUCAAUGCAAUAUUGUCUGUCCGGAAACUUGCCGACAGAUCAAGAUAGCAUUAAAAGACCAGAAGUCAAAUUACGAUAAAAGGUCAAAGGUCGAAUUGAUUUUUCGCAUUUUAACCUCAAACUAUUUGACUUCUGACAAUGCGUGAUCUAAAUGUUAUCUUUUGACAACACUUGCGGUAUAUACCAGUUUAUUCUAUGCAGUGACAUAUCUAUCUAAUAUGCUGUUUUCAUUAUUUGUUGCUUUGAGUAUCAUCUAUGAAGUAGUUUUCUUAAAAAAUAUAUUGGUACUUAAAAAAUAUAUACAGAAAUAUUUCUAAAGACAGUUCAAAAUUUGUAUAUAAAUCAAUAUCUAACGGAAAACAAUAAUACAGCUGCAAUGUAUUUGCCGCAAUAAAGAUAUAAACAACCUAAUCAAGUCUGUCUACUUGCCUUAUUGUUUGUAUACUGUUAUUUAAAAUAAGUUAAAUAUGUUGGCAGUUAUUGACGCAAUUAUCACAAGGCCGGAAUUGUUUGUUUUCGAUGCCAGACUUCCCCCAAAUAUUCUGCGAGAUCUCUAGAAUUGAAUUGUUAGAUGAACAGAUUAUUCUGUGAAAUAAUUCCAUAUACUACAAAUCAAAGAAUUAGUUCGAUAUUUAGGAUAGAAUACGACUUCUAUUUAUAUAUAGACACGUUGUAUACGUUUAGUUUUCAGUUACAUAUAUACUCCUGAUAGUUUAGUACUGAAUUAUGCAUUGAAUUAUAAUACGUAUAAUCAAAGUGGUGUUAGUUUUAUUAUUAUUAAUAUGUAAAUAAUUUACCUUCACUACGUUGAUACAAAAUAUAUUUAUUUUGUGUUUGUGACUGAUGGUAAAAUUAAGCAUUAGUAACAAAAGAAACAUUGAUCUUAUUUGCAAUACUUGGAUGUCUUUUGCUUCAAAUUCAAUUUAUUUAUAGUUUGUUUCCGUUCACUUUGAUUAACAUUUAUAAAAUGUAACUGAGACCGUAUUUCAACUAAAGGGAAUUGUUUGGGUAUAUUUCUAUUUGUUUCAUGCAACAUGAUGUUGUUUUCAAAGUUAUAUUAUGAACAAAUCGACAUAAAGUCAAAAUACAAGUAUUGUCAUAUACAACGCCGUUAACUGUCGGUAUAAUACACGUUUUGGCUGAUAUGCUUUGCGUGUAGUUCUGCUAUUAUCCUCUACUUUCCUCUUAGAUGCAUUUAUACUUUUGCUUUGUAUUGCAUUUUGUUUCAUUAGUUUGGGCCACAUUUAAUAUCGUCAGACUUUCCACCAUAAAUAUUUGUGAUAUAUAUGUUAUACACUUAGCAUGCAACGAACGAGUACUGACGGUGAAAACACAUGAUCAAAUUAGAGCAAGAAUAUUUUUAAUUCAAAUUUUAAUUUACUGUUAAUUUUAUUUCUCGGGUUUGUUUGCAUUGAAAUAUUUUGAUUUGCAAAAAGUGCAGUUCCCAGUAGAAGUUCGCAAAUAUGUGCUAUUUAAUAUUGAUUCUUUUUUAAUCUAGUUUAUUUCUGACAAUUUGCUAUAAAAUGAUAAAGGCAGUUCUGCUGUUUGCUGAUAUCUAUCGGUUUGCAUGAUGGCGAUAAAAUUGUCUGUUAUCUACAGAAUUUCUCACUUUAUCCCAUAAACUGUUUGUUUAUUUUAUGAAUAAAUACUUCAGUCAUUAAAAUCCAUCUAAAAUA